AUGGCAGAAAAAGAUUUUUUAAAAUCCUUAUACCAGUUUACAAUAAAUAAAAAUUCGGUGAUUUCCAAAACAAUUUACAGUCCACUAUUGGUAGCUCCUGGUGGUACGUUUUGGCAGCUGCAAUUUGUCAUGGCGGAGGCUAUCGAUAACAAAACAGUGCGUUGUGGGCUUCUGCUUCAAGCAAUUCCGGAUGAAUGUGAAUCUCAAAAUGUGAACCUAAUUUGGCCAAAAAGAAAGGGUAUCAAAGCGAAACUAUUUAUAAAAAAUUCAAAUGGUAAUCCGACUUUAAGCAAAGUGCUUAAUUGCGAAUUCGGUUAUAUAAAAAAAUAUCAGUCCACUAUCUUAAAUGACAUAACUGAACUUUCAGAAAGAUUUUUGAUCGGCGUCGAAUUUAUUAACGUGAAUAUGAUCGAUGAGAAACCGAUAAAUGUGCCGAUAAAUUUUGGUAAAAAUCGCACAUUAAUAGAAGCUUGGAUGAAUGAUUUAAACAACCCAAAUACUUCGGAUGUGAAGAUUAUUCUUGGUGGCCGGAAAUAUUUUGCUAGCAGCAGAAUCCUAACGACGCAAUCAAAUUAUUUCAAGGCAUUAUUUAAUGAAUGUUGGGCGAAAAAGAAGAGACAAAUGCAUGAUGAACUGGAAAAUGCUAUGAAAGAAUUAACAUCAAGCACAGAUGGUAUCAAAGACGAUGUCAAUCUUAACGUAACUAAGGAUCAAGAACAGAAUCAAGACUCGGACGGUGAAAAAAUGGUUGAUAGCGAAGUUGAUAUCGAAAGAGUAUUCGAUUAUGAAGUCGAAAUUCAAGAAACAGACCCGGAGCUUUUCUUGCAAAUGCUAAAAUAUCUUUAUACUGGUGAAAUUAUUUAUAAGAAGGACCAACCAUCAGAUUCUUACAAAAAUGCUAUUGAUCUAUAUAAAAUAGCGGAUAAAUUCCUAAUCGAUGAACUUAGAGCACAUACUAAGGAAUACAUUAUUGCCUCUUUGAGCUUUGAAAAUGCAGCUGAAAUACUUUUUACGCAUGUCUUUCUCUGGCCUGAGCUUAAAGACGAAGUAAAAAAAUUCAUUGUUAAAAAUAUUGCUGAAGUAACUAAGACUCCAGGUUAUCGAUAUAUAGUCAUGAAACGUGAUAAAUAUCCUUCAUUUCUUGAUAUCAAUGGUGAGAUUUUCCUGGAUAUCUAUUUCAAUGAUAUUACAAAUGGAGAUAACUCGUCAGCAUCAAGAGAGGCUGAGUAG